UCGCUUGAGGACAGAGUGGGAAAAGGAGCAAGCAGAGUUAGAAGCAGGACAAAAGAAGUUAUAUAGACCGCUAUAUACAUACAUUUUAAUGUUUUAGAAGACGUGUAGUGGGGGAAAAACAAUAGCCGAGAGUGUGGAUGGACAUGACAGUGUAGUUAUGGAGCCCCCUUUGAGCAAGAGGAAUUCGGCGAUAAGAUUAGCGGAUUUGGCAGCGACUCAACCCCUUCCUCAUCAGAAUAUGACAGGCUUCCCGGGGAUAGGGGGGCAUCACCCUCACUCCCACCAUGCCCACCUCCACCCUGGGGAGAUGGGCAACGACCCCGGAGUGGCUCUCACUCCAUUUGGACCUGAGCACAUGGCACAGACAAAUGCUCUCAAACUUAGUCCAUCUCAGCACAUUCAAAGCCAUCACGAAGCCCAGACCGCGGCAUCUUUCACUUCUUCUCAGACCACAGUUGGUUUCCCCGUGGCUCACCCCCACUCAGGCUACACAACCAGCAGGGACUACAUCCUCAGGAGAGAGCUCUCAGCCUCUGCUAUGCAUGCACUUGGCGACCAGCAUAGUUCCGCCUCCUCCCCUCAUCACCAUGGCAUGUUCAUUUCCCCAACAGGUGCUUAUGGGCACACGGAAGGUGGUGCCCAUCCACUUUUUACUGGACUUCACGAUCAAGCUGCCCCAGGUACCCACCACCAUGCUCUCAACGGGCAGAUGCGUCUGGGUCUACCGGGGGACAUCUAUGGCAGGCCAGAACACUUCGGCCACAGGCCCGAGCACUAUGGACCUUCUUCACUCCACAGCUACAACUCCAUGAACUUAAAUGUGAACAUCGCUUCUGCUCCUCAUGGAGCCACGGGGGCGUUUUUGAGAUAUAUGAGGCAGCCCAUCAAGCAAGAGUUAAUCUGCAAAUGGAUUGAUCAGGAGCAAACUUCAAAGAAGCCCUGCUCCAAAACUUUCAGCACCAUGCACGAGCUGGUGAACCAUGUCACCGUGGAGCACGUCGGCGGACCGGAGCAGAGCAGUCACGUCUGCUUUUGGGAGGAAUGUCCACGCGAGGGAAAGGCUUUUAAGGCAAAGUACAAACUGAUAAAUCACAUUCGAGUUCACACGGGAGAAAAACCCUUUCCUUGCCCAUUCCCUGGCUGUGGAAAAGUGUUUGCGCGGUCGGAAAACCUAAAAAUUCACAAGAGGACGCAUACAGGGGAGAAACCUUUCAAAUGUGAGUUUGACGGUUGUGACAGGAAAUUUGCCAACAGUAGUGACAGGAAGAAGCACUCCCACGUCCACACGAGUGACAAGCCUUACUACUGCAAAGUAAGGGGCUGUGACAAGUCAUACACACACCCCAGCUCCUUGAGGAAGCACAUGAAAGUCCACUGCAAGUCUCCCCCGCCCCCUUCUGCCAACACGGGCUCCACAUACCACUCCUCGUCCACGACCCUCGGAGAUUCCAUCUCCGAGUCUCACAGGAAUCGUUCGGCCAACCUUUCACCUCAGGUUACCAACCUCAAUGAAUGGUACGUGUGCCAAGGGAGUGGUGGACCCAACAAUCUCCAUACACCUUCAAGCGAUGUGCCAACGUCAGACUCGGAAGACGAGGACUCGUACAGACACACAGACCCAAGGACAAUGCUCUAGUGUUUGUUGAGGAGCAAGGAUUAUAUUUGCAAUGAGUUCUGUUUUCUUUGCUGUUUUCUUUCUCACUUAAAAUGUCAUUGCCCAUCGGAACUGUGGGCUUCUCAGUUUGGCAAGAACGUGAAACAGCGCCGCGGAUGUCUGUUGGUGAAGAGCAUUUGCCCUCAAUAUCUAACCCACCCGCAUGCCCAGCAGUGCUGUACAAACAUAUCGAAGACGCCUCACCCACACUUCACGUCUGAUGUGGCUUACAACUAAUGGUCAUGUAGUUUAUAUUGUGUCAUAAUAUUGUCAGCCAUUUUGUGUCAGCGUUAAAGCUUUAUUGGUGAAAAUCAAUUAAGCGUGUCAGUACAAACAAAACAUAUGUAGUAAUAUCAAACACUGCUGUUCCCUUCACCAACAGCAAAUGCUGUUUGGUUUAUCAACAUGUCCAUCCAUGAAUAUCUUGGAUGAGACGACGAAGACCUAACUCAUAGGUAGAUAUUUCCGGCUACAACGGAACACUUACCAUCUCCUUUACUCAAACUGCAGUGUCUUAUUUAUCGCUGUCUUAUUUGAGGGUAUGUCUGUACUUGAUAUGAUUUCAUAACGGCCUGAUUAUCCCUUGAAUUCUUUUACAUUUAUAUUUUUUUUAUGUUUAAAUUUAAGGGAUACCUGUUCUCUAUUAAUAGUUAUGCAUUCCAUCAUAAUAGCUCUGUCAGUUUACAGUGAGAACAACUUAGUAAAACAAACUGGCUUAUACGCCGUCAAUCACGUGUAGGAGGGAAUAAAAGAUUUUAAAGGGUUUGUAACUUUGUUCCAAUUUAUACAUUUCUGUGUAUGGGACGAUUUUGUGAUAUUUAAGAACUAUUUAAAAUGUUUAUUUUAUGCAGAUUACAUCAAUGUAUCUCUCGCAAACGAGUACGACUAUGUCCUUGGAGACCCUAAAUAACCUAUGUAAAAUUGAUUGGCCUAUCCCUGACUGAUUUGUAUAUAAUGCUGUUGAUGAAGCUCGUGAAUGUUGUAGUUUUUUCAAUGAUGUUGUUUUUUGUACAUUGUAAUUUAUU